UGAGUUUUACUUUACUCUUUAUGCAAGUCAAUUUCCAAAUAAAAUGUAUUAAUUUUUCGAACAAGAGGUAUAUUUAUUAAUUAACUUCCUAAUAUCACGCACAUAUAAUAAUUAGUGCAUCAUAAUUUAAUGGCAAAAACAGCUUCCAACUGCAUGUGACAAAGUUCUGGAAUUUUGUCAUUGCCAGCAUCCCCUAAUAUCCUAACUAAUUAUACACAAAUCAUCGACCCAUUCAUUAAUUAUAUUAUUUAUUACCCAACAAAAUGAUCUAAAUUUUCUCAUAAACUGAUAUUUCUACUCUAAUCAAGCAAUCAACUUGUAAUUAUUAUGUACUUUUGAAAAAAAAAAACUGUCUGGAGAUCUCUCCUGGGGUGGGUACUUUCCUGUUGAUCCCAACGAGGAGAGAGAUUUUAAAUAUUCUGAAAAAUUCUUAAUGAGUGUGCGGUCAACUAAAUCUAAUCUAUGCAUAAUCACAAAUUUUGAUUCACUGGUUGUUUUUUUAUUCCUUAUUUUCCUUAUAGUUUCCAAGACUCUACUAAAAAUUUCUCUAAAUGAUAGUAUGAUUCAUUUCCCCAACAUUGAGCAAAUCAAAAAGAAAUUCAUGCAUAUGGGUUAUUGAUUCAUUGCCCCAAUAUUGAAAAAAAGAAGAAAAGAGCUGGAAUUUGAAAUAUUUGGAGAGAAAAAGUGGGUUUUUUGGGUGUUGCUCCAAUUGGGUGUUUCUGGGUUAUAUUUUUUCUGGUUGUUAAUAGGUAUUAAAGGGCUUUUCUAUGUGUAAAAAUCCCACUUUUUGGAGACAAAAAAGUGGGUUUCUGGGAAUUUUUAUUCCACUUGAGUUAAGAGUAGGAAAAGAGAUUUCUGGGUUAUCUUUUUUCUGGAUGUUGAUGGGUUUUAAAAGGUUUUUUGUUUUUAAAUUUUUAGUUAAAUUAUAAAAUCCAUCUUUUCAGGAGUUUACACCAACUUUUUACUUACUUACAAAUCAUUUUUUUGGAAUCUUCCCUUUUAACUUUAUUAAGAACCCUGACCCAGAGGCUUUAACUUGCAUGACACUGUCCAGUUCUUUCAUUCAUGAAUGAACAGUUGAGUGAAACUGAUUGUAAUGUAGAUAAAAAAAGUGGUUUGCUUUAAGAGGAAUGGCCCAGGUGUUUGUGUUAUGGGUCUUGCAGAAUAAUCUGUUUCCCUACCAUACUCAUACUCUUGUGGUGAUAGGGAUCUGAAAUUGACUUGAGUACUUUAUAUAAAAGCCAUUUUUGUAGGAUUUUAGCUUCAAUUAAGGAUUCAAUAAGCUGUACAAAUGGCAGAAAAGACUGAGGAAAUGCGGUCGUUGGCUUUAACUCCUACAUGGUCUGUGGCUUCUGUGUUAACAUUCUUUGUUGCAGUUUCUUUGCUGGUUGAAAGAUCCAUUCAUUGGCUCAGUAAUUGGCUGGAUAAAACGCGUAGAAAGCCUCUGCUUCAAACCGUAGAGAAAAUGAAAGAAGAGUUGAUGCUUCUAGGCUUUAUAUCUCUUCUACUAACGGCUACCUCAAGUACAAUAUCGAACAUUUGCAUCCCUUCGAAGUUCUUUGGCGGAGUAUUUUCUCCGUGUUCGGAAUCUGAAGUCCAUGAGGCUACUGAAGAGAAUACAUCUAAAGAACGUAAACUUUUUUCAUCUACUCCUCGCACCUUCAGGAGGUUGAUGAGUCUCCUUCAUCAAAAUAAAUGUCCAGAGGGUAAAGAACCAUUUGUGUCAUAUGAAGGCCUUGAGCAGUUGCACCGAUUUAUUUUCAUCAUGGCUGUGACACAUGUAACAUAUAGCUGCUUGACAAUGUUGCUUGCAAUCGUAAAGAUACAUAGUUGGCGAAAAUGGGAGGACCAAGCUCAUAUGGAUCGCCAUGAUGUACUCACAGAGAUCACAAGGGAGUUGGUUAUGCGAAGGCAAUCAAGCUUUGCCAAAUCACAGGCAUCAAAUUGUUUGACAAGGAGCAAUUUUUGGGUUUGGCUGACGUGUUUCUUCAGGCAGUUUGGACAUUCAGUGGUUCGUGCUGAUUAUCUUACACUUCGUAAGGGCUUUAUCAUGAAUCAUAAUCUUACCAGGAGAUAUGAUUUUCAUAGCUAUAUGGUACGAUCUAUGGAAGAAGAGUUUCAAAGAAUUGUUGGCGUGAGCGGUCCACUCUGGGGAUUUGUGGUAGCAUUCAUGCUGUUUAACAUCAAAGGAUCAAAUCUAUACUUCUGGAUAGCUAUCUUACCAAUAGCACUUGUACUUUUGGUGGGUGCUAAACUACAACAUGUUAUUGCAACCUUGACGCUAGAGAGUGCUGGACUAUCUGGAUUCUUUACAGGAACAAAAUUAAAGCCUCGUGAUGAUCUCUUCUGGUUUAAAAAGCCAGAACUGUUGCUAUCGUUAAUUCAUUUCAUCCUUUUCCAGAAUUCCUUUGAGCUUGCUUCGUUUUUCUGGUUCUGGUGGCAGUUUGGCUAUGAUUCUUGCUUCAUCAAAAACCAUCUUCUGGUAUACUUGAGGCUUAUACUGGGGUUUGCCGGGCAGUUUCUCUGCAGCUAUAGCACCUUACCUCUGUAUGCCCUGGUUACUCAGAUGGGAACCAAUUACAAGGCAGCCUUAAUUCCUCAAAGGAUAAGGGAAACAAUUCACGGAUGGAAGAAGUCCGCUGCCAAGAGAAAGAAGAGGCUCGGUAUAUUUGGUGAUGAUUCAACCAUACAUACAGACACAAGCACUAUUGCAUCACUAGAUGACGAUGACGACAAUCAGCUGGUCAACAUCCCUGAGGCUGGGGAUGCUACACACUGUGAAAUCGAACUACAGUCACCUUUCACAGUGGUUGCAAGUCCCCCAGUUGCUAACGAAAAUUCAAGCCGUGUUGCCACUCCACUCCUUCAACCAGCUGCCUCCAGAUCCCUACGAUUACAAACUGAACCAUUGACCGAUGAACUCAAACGGUGUUUUUCCAUGCCAACGCGAAAAGACUGAUCGUUUACGUUCUAUGUCAGAAUUGUAGGAUAUUAUAUAGUUUGGAAUUUGUAGAAAAUCUUUCCGAUUAUAGGUUUUGUUACAGAGUUUAUACGACAAAUAAGUUGAUAGGUGUUAUAGGCGAUUCCGUAGUAUUGUAACACAGAGAUGACAUUUCAUAAAUGCCCACUGAUGGACAGAAAUAUACAAUCGACGUUCAGAUGAUAUUCGAGAAUUUGUCAAACAAAAAUUAACUGCGGUUCUCCAUCAUGAGGUGGGCAAUGUUCUUCCAUUUUUCUCCGUUCCCUUUCACCGAGCAUAUCUUGUGAAAACCCCGGUUCAUUACCUUGAGUUAUGUCCCGUUCGUUGAAAUCCAUGUUAUUUGCAGGGGGAGCGGCACAAGUGUAACAGAAAUCCCAAGAUGUACUACAACAGUUGCCAUUUCCGCCAUUGCAAGGUCCACAGUUACCGUCAAUGGAACAACAUGCGUCUUGGUUCGGGCCAUUACGUUGGGCAACCGAAGUGAGCAACACCCUGUGAGCUAAGGAAAUGUGUAUACAUAGUGAGAGUAGAAGAGAUGCACACAAGGAAAGGGUGUGUAAUGGUUUAGUAGCCAUUGAAUUUGGUGCUACACUUGAUAUGUUUUGAAGGUUGAAAUGGGCCUUGUGUGAGUUGCUGGUUUUAUAGCCUUUAACUAAGUAGAUAUGCAAUGUUAGGGUAGUUUUGAAAAUGCUGUCUUUCAGUCUAUAUUCUGGUAUCACUCUUUGUGUGAGUGGGGAGUUUGGUUUUUGCAACUAUAUGCCCUAUGUUUAAGCAAUGAUCUAGCCUAUAAAAAGGUUUUAGAGCA